AUGGGUUGGAGUUUUCUGCCAGGACAGUAUUCGGUGGAAGUAGUGAAUGGAUUAGCGACUAUGGAUAUUCUUGAUAUUCAUUGUAAAAAAUCUGGUUUUAAAUCCAAAGAUCUUGAGAUUUCUCAUAUUCCUGGAAAUGGUAAUUAUAGUUGGACGUUCAACACCAGUAUUGUGAAGAGCAUGUCUUAUGAAUGUAACUUGACAUGGCCUAAUCAUGGUCAUUUAUCGUUCACUGCAUUUGAAGAUAACAAGAUUUUUGUAGAUGAUUAUUGUGGUGGUCGUCAUUGUUCUUGGAAAGCAACCGAUAGUGGAAUUUACUUGUACAAUAUUAAGCAUCGGAAUUUUACAUUCGUGACAACUUGGUACAAAUAUUUAUACACAGAAGUAUCCUGUAAAUUAGGCAACUACUACUAA